UCAAUAUUUCUCUCGGCAGUUGUUGUCCUGGUAUAAUAAUAUAAUUUAAUUUUAAAAAUGAUUGAUCCAUCAUCGAGCGAGUAUGAAACGGAUGAUGAGCAACCUGACGAACCAGAUGUUGCCUCAUUAUCACUUGAAACAACUCCUGCCAAGACCAUUGUAAAAUCUCCAAGCAAAGCGGAUUCGAAAUCCUUGACAUCGAACCAGGAAAGUAGCACAGGUACGCCAUCAUUGAAAGAUGGUUCACCAUCUCCUUCUGUUGCAAGCGAAGAUGUGGAAGCUCGGGCCCGCUUACAAGAGGAAGAAGAACGUCGAAUGCGACUUCAACUUUAUAUAUUUGUGCUUCGAUGCAUUUCAUACCCUUUUAAUGCAAAACAACCUACUGACAUGGCUCGACGACAGACAAAGGUGAACAAGCAACAACUCCAUACAAUCAAAGAUAGAUUUCAAGCAUUCCUUGGUGGUCAAACACAAAUUAUUGCAGAUGAAGCAUUUUGUAACGCUGUACAAAGUUAUUUUGAGGUUUUUUUGAAAAGUGAUAGAGUUUCACGGAUGGUGAAUAGUGGGGGGUGUUCUGCUAAUGAUUUCAGAGAAGUGUUUAAAAACAAUAUUGAAAAGAGAGUUCGUGGUCUUCCAGAAAUCGAUGGAUUAAGCAAAGAAACAGUGCUGUCUUCAUGGAUGGCCAAGUUUGAUGCAAUAUACAGGGGUGAAGAAGAUUCACGGCGGCCAGGAAAUCGUUUAUCUGCUGCUGCCGCAUCAGAACUUAUCUUAAGUAAAGAACAGUUGUACGAAAUGUUUCAAAAUAUUCUGGGAAUUAAAAAAUUUGAACACCAAUUGUUAUACAAUGCUUGUCAGCUUGAUAACGCUGACGAGCAAGCUGCUGCAAUACGAAGGGAAUUGCAUGGAAGAAUGCAUGCUGCCGAUAAAAUUGAACAACUUCACAGAUUUCCAAGAUUUCAUUGUAGAAAUAAUGAAAUCGAGAGGCAAUUGCAAGAUCAGUAUAUAAAUGAACUAAGACAACAGGUGAGCUUGCUGAUGACAAAUCUCGAGUCGCUACCUGUAUCUCGAGGUUCAGAGAGAUCUUACCCUUUACGAUUGCCACGACUUCCCACAUCAGCAAUGUCUGUCCUCGAUCAAGCUUCUGAAGAUGACAAUACUCUUUCAAAAUCUGAUGUCGUGCUCUCUUUCACUUUGGAGGUGAUAGUAAUCGAAGUCCAGGGACUAAAGUCACUAGCAUCUCACAGAAUUGUUUAUUGUACAAUGGAAGUUGAGGGUGGAGAAAAGAAACAAACAGAUCAAGCUGAAGCAUCGAAACCUGUUUGGAAUACGCAAGGAGAUUUUACAACGUCACAUCCUCUUCCUAUCGUCAAAGUUAAACUAUUUACUGAAAGUACUGGAAUGCUGUCUAUCGAUGAUAAAGAGUUGGGAAAGGUUGUUCUUCAUCCCAACCCAAACAGCCCGAAGACGCCAGAAUUUUACGCUAUGGCUGUUCCAAAGAAUAGUGCUGACCAUGAUCUGAAAAUCAAGUUGAUUGUCAGAAUGGAUCGACCACAGAAUAUGAAAUAUUGUGGAUAUUUAUGGGCACAAGGUAGAACGGUUUGGAGGAAAUGGAAAAAGAGAUAUUUCGUGCUUGUACAGGUUUCUCAAUACACAUUUGCGAUGUGUAGUUAUCAAGAGCGUAAGUCCGAUCCAAGCGAAAUGAUGCAAUUGGAUGGAUUUACUGUUGAUUACACAGACCCUGAACCUGGACACGAAGGCGGUCGUGUCUUUUUUAAUGCUGUGAAAGAAGGAGAAAGAAUUGUAUUUUCUAGUGACGAUGAACAGGACCGUAUACUCUGGGUACAGGCAAUGUAUCGUGCAACAGGACAAUCUCAUAAACCUGUCCCACCAACACAAGUUCAAAAAUUAACGGGAGGUUCUAAUAAACACAGUCAAUUGGAUGCUCCUAUAUCACAGUUUUAUGCUGACAGAGCACGAAAACAUGGAAUGGAUGAAUUUAUUUGUGCGGAUCCUUGCAAAUAUGAUCAUUCAAGUUUGUUUGAAUUGUUACAAAAAUUAACCCUUAAUCAUCGAUUAGGCGAUUCGUAUUCUUGUCUUGGCUGGUUUUCCCCGGGUCAAGUAUUUGUAUUGGAUGAAUAUUGUGCAAGAUAUGGAGUUCGUGGUUGUCACAGGCAUCUGUGUUAUCUAUCAGAUUUAUUGGAAAGAGCUCUGCAAGGAACAAUGAUUGAUCCAACUCUGCUGCAUUAUAGUUUUGCAUUUUGUGCAAGUCAUAUUCAUGGAAACAGACCUGAUGGUAUUGGAACUGUGACAAUGGAUGAGAAGCAAAGAUUUGGUGAAGUUCAAGAAAGAUUGAAGAAUCAUCUGAUGUAUCAAAUAACACAUUUUCGAUAUUGUUUUCCAUUUGGAAGACCAGAGGGGGCAUUGAAAGCAACGUUGUCUUUACUGGAACGGGUUAUGAUGAAAGAUAUUGUGACUCCAGUUCCACAGGACGAAGUUCGUUCAAUCAUUAUCAGUAGUUUAGAGAAAGCAGCUCUUGUCAAUUACAGCAGAGUUUCAGAAUAUGGAAAAAUUGAAGAAAAUCUUGAUCAGAACAGUGUGUCACCAUCUCGUAAAUUAGAAGUUGUAAUGCAUCUUGCUGAAUUAUGUAUUGAUGUUGUCCAACAGAAUGAAGAACACCAUUCUGAGGGAAGAGAGGCCUUCGCAUGGUUCAGUGACAUCAUGAUCGAACAUUCAGAAAUAUUUUGGUCGUUGUUUGCAGUGGAUAUGGAUUCGGUAAUAGAGCAACAACCUCCUGAUACAUGGGAUAGCUUCCCAUUGUUCCAACUUUUAAAUGAUUAUCUCCGAAGCCAUGAAACUUUAGGGAAUGGUCGAUUUCAUCUUCAUUUACAAAACAUGUUUGCACCUCUCGUCAUCAGAUACGUUGAUUUAAUGGAAUCAUCUGUCGCUCAGUCUAUUCAUAAUGGAUUUGGAAAAGACGCAUGGCUAUCACAAAAUGAUUUUGGCUUCAGUGCUAUUCUGCAGUCAUCACAAGCAUUGAAUGUGAAUAUGAAUCGAGAUGGCGAUAACAUGUCAACUGCUACCAAGGUUUUAUGGAAGCUUGAAGCUUUACAAUCAUUUAUAAAAGAACUACAUUGGCCUGAUACUGUAUUUGCUUGCCAUCUUGAACAUAGAUUAAAAUUAAUGGCAGCAGACAUGAUUCAAAGUAUGGUUACAAGAUCAUUACUGCGAUUUGAAGAAAUAUUACAGAGAAUACGAGUGACAUUAAACCUUGAGUUAACUCCUAACUCGUGCAUUUUGAUAAAUAUUGUUCUGGAAUGCCGGAAACAAUCAUCAAAACUGUGUGAGUCAGGAAAAGACGCUUCAGGUCAACACCAUGUUUAUCAUACAACUGUUGAAGAAUUGAUGGAGAAAACUUUUGAAACAAUUGAAAAAUUACUUGUCGAAAAGUUUGUAAAAGUGCUUGAUAUUGUUCUCUCCAAACUAUCAAGAUUUGAUGAAGGUUCUUUUACUGCUUCUCUAUUUUCAUUAUCAAAACCUGGAAUGGAAUUAGCAGAAGGCUUCAUUGAUUUCAUUCGCAUCAAUCAAGAAAUUUUGCGAGAAAAAAUUGUCGAUGAAUAUUUUAUUGAAAAUCUCUUUACGCGCUGGUACAAUUCAAAUGUGCAACUGAUGAGAGACUGGUUACAUGCUCGUUCUGAACUUCAACUCAACGUUUAUCAAUUAAAAAUUCUGAUCAGAAUAUUUAAAAAACUUUACAAAGAUUUUGAAUUGCAAGGAGUGAUGAACGUACGAAAUAUUCAAUAUAGUGAAAUACACAAACGAUUAACGGUUGAAGAAGCUACAGCAUCAGUAACAACAGGAGCAUUGGGACAUAGUAUCACUAUGAAAGAAUCAGAUGAUGAAUAUGAAGAAGGCGAUUAAAUACUACUUUUAUAUUACAUCAUUAUAUUGUCAUAAUUAUAUGAUAUUUUCAUCAUAAUUCAUCAGGUUAUAAUCAAGCCAUAUAUAUUAUUACUCAUUUUUUAAAAUUUACUAAUUCGCUUUGGGUUGUGUACAUGUAGGGAUACAUCAUACAUUUUAUUGGAGUGUUUUUGAACCAAGUUAUGGCUGGUGGCUGUACAUAUAACUGACUAGACAAAUUUUAUAAUUCAUUUUCUAACAAGAUCCAAGUUGCAAUGAUGUAGAACAUUGAAGCAAUAUUUACAUUUCAACCAAUUAGCUGUGUGAUGAAUCAGCAUCUAAUAUUUAAAAUGAUUUAGCAUAAUUCGAACCACUUUUACCGCAAUGGCCUAGCGUGUGAAAUGUUUGACUUAACUGUGUUGGCAUCGCAGAUUACACAUUUUGCGUCCCCAUGUCACCCAGGGUGUGAAAAAUUGGUAGAUAAUGACGAACUGGAUCAUAAUUAGAUAUUUGUGCCUGCUUGUAUUAGGGUCUUGUACCAACUAUAGGUUUGUAUAUGCAUCGUACAUAAAAAAAAAAUUUAAAAGCAAAAUGUCAAAUUUUCAAAUUGUUUACAUGAAAAAUAUACAUGUGUGUUACGAAAGCGCAUUCCCUGCUAUCUCACAAACUUGCCAAGAUGUUAACUAUGAUUCUGCCUAAUUAAUAAUAUUUGUUGUGUUUUUCAUAUUGUGACAAGCUGUUACUUUUCAAACGAUUGUAUAUUCACAGUAAAUCCAGUAGUUAGCAAAGAUGUACCAACCCAUUCAGUAAUAUUUUCAAUAUAGCAGGUUAAAGCAAUAAAUAAUGGUAUCUUAAUGAAACACUCUUCGAAUGCCAACUGAGACUAUUCUUUGCUAUUGAUUAACCGGGGAUGGACCUUACGGAUUAUCUUUGAGUCAUUCAAAACUUUGUAUAGGUAUCAAAUAAUUCUUGUCUGCUUUUGAUUUUAAGUGAUAUGGCUUGGUGAUAAGUUUGCAAUGUUACAUACUUUAUUUAAUUCCUACAUAUCAAAAUAUUAUUUUUAUAUAUUCAAUCAUGACAAUAACAUAAAUGUGUCUGAAUUUCUUCAAUUAAGAAUUGCAUAUUUAUAACUAUACCACUAUAAAGUACUAAUAGCUAUAAAAUAUUAAAAACUAUUUAGUCAAAAUCAGUAUUUUUUCUUAACGUAUUUUGCACAAAAUAGUAUUUGUACUGAAACUAACACAGCAUUAUUUCUUCUUUUCAGAUUUUAUUGUAAAUUCUCAAAAUUCAAAUCUCAGCAUUUACCGUAAGAUGGUGUAUUUUCGGACCUCCAGAAGUAUGUGCACCAAGAUGGCGCACAACCUGAAUAUAGUAAGCGUACCACGUUAGAUUUAGGUUGUGGGCCAUCUUGGAGCACAUACUUCGGGAGUGCCCUAUUUUACGUCAUCUUUCAAAUAGUCAUCAAUAUGGUUAUCGUAAUAUUGAAUAUGUCACUAAAUCUUCCAGCUGUUUCAGCGGUUUCCAACCGAUGUUCCGCGGCACCCUAGGUUACACCAGUGCAGUCCAAGGGUUCCGCAAGUUUUUAUUCAAAUCUGAGAAUCAAUAUAUGUAUAUUGUUUAAAUAUAAUCAAAUACUAUUCGUAUUAGGUUUCCAGUUGUACCUUGAAGAUCAUUUUGUUUUGUCGUAUUAGACUUUUACUAGACUAUAAUUUGAACAAUUUAGAUUAUUAAACGACAAAAGAUAAUUUAACUAUUGCACAGGGGUUCCAUAAGCGCCUGGAAUGUUUCACUGGGGUUCUGCGCUACCAAAUAGAUUGAAAACCAUUGAACCAUUGAAUUUUCUCAAUAACUUUGUUGAUUUUACGCCAGAAUCAUGAGAAUGCUUGUAAUUUUACCCAUUUUUCAACAUAUCUUAUUCUUUAUUGUUAUAUAUAUUUUUUGUAUUAUUACUAUAUAAUGGGCUUUGUGCAACAAUCUCAUAAUAAUAUGGUAAAAAAUAUUUUCUAUUGGUAUUGGUGUUAUAUUAAAUGUUUAUCUGCUGUAUUUGUACUAUAUUUUCGAAAUUUUGUAUUCAUGACCUAAUUUGCUGCUAAUUUUUUUGCAUUUGUGUGGGAUUGUGGAAUAAUAUAAUUUUUAUUCAUUCCUUUGUGUUGCAAUAUCGUAUCUUUCCGCUCUAUCAACUUUUGACCAAAUUUGAAAUCUCACGAUUUGAAGUGAAUAUGAGAAGCAUUUAACAUCUUCAUUCGGUACUCCCAAAGUAUGUGAACCAAGAUGGCGGAUACCAGAACGUAGUAUGUGUACCAGGUGUGAGUUAGGCCAUAAUAUCAGGUACAAAUACUACAGAGGUCACUUGGCUAGUCCCCAAAUUCGUAAUAGAACUAAAAUAUUGAAAAUUGGAAUAAAAUUAUGGCCUAACCCUAACCUGGUACACAUACUACGUUCCGGUGUCCGCCAUCUUGGUUCACAUACUUCAGGAUUUCUCUUGAUUCUAAUGUAGAAACUAAUAUUUUCUAAUGCUAUUGAUUUGAGCAUCAAUCAUUCAAUUCACUCUUGAGUAUUCAAAUAAUUUGACUGUGACGCUAUGAAGUCUGCAAAUUAUAAAAUACAUCCUAAAUUAUUAUGUACGAAACAAACAGUUUUCUUAGUAAAAGAGUUGAACUAGCUGUUGAUGAAUUGAGCUGUUGAAUUGAUUCAUCAACCGAGUCCUAGAUAGGAAUGCGCUUAUGCAAAUUUCAACCAUGACUAAUAUUCUGUACCAAAAAUUUGAUGUAAAUUUCAUUUCUUGUAACCUGCAUUUAAAUGUUGGAAUUAUGUGCAGUGAAAUUUGUUAAUGAGUAUACUUACUAUUAUUACUCUGCAUAAUAAUUUUUUCCUUAUUUUUCAAAAUCAUUUUCAUUCAUUCAAUUCUAAAGUUGGAUAUUUAUGAUAUGAGAAACGUAAUCUAUUCUAUUGAACUGUUGUUAUAGAAAUUCCCUCACUGUUUUAGAAAUUUCCAAGCUACAGUCUCUGAAUGAGCCUAAACAAGUUCCAAACAACAAGAGUGCAAAAUAUACUUACGGCUGGUCGUAAUCAAAUUAUUAUUUCAACACCCUCGACUUAUUUUGUGAAAGGUUUUAAGACAGAUAGGCACGCGUUGAAAUUUUGAAAAAGGUUCAAUUUGGAAAUAUUUCAAAAAUAUAGGUGUUUAUGAAUCUGCUAUCUGCAUAGUUUGGAGCAAUAUUCACCAGAAAAAGUUUUAAAAUAAAAAAUAUAUGUAUUCAUGUAUUAAUAAUUUUCUCAAAACAGCGUUCCCCAGUUUGCCUUUUUGGGUUAAAAUCCUCAAAGUACGAUUUGUUUAAUCUCUUGGCCAGUCCUAAGUAUGAUAUCCUGAUUUUUGCACAAUCUGUAAUCAUUUUAUUUUUAUAUUAAAAAUAAUAUACUAAAUGUAAUCUAUACUGAAAUCAAACUUGAUCAUGUAUGAGAUCAACUAUGGUUUGAAUUACUGCAAUUGCCUUAUAGUUCAUACAUGAUCGAGUAUGAUAUUUUGUUGAAUUGUACUUGUCGUCUGCAUUCCUACUAAAUUAUAAUCUGGAUGUUGUCAUUAUUUUAAUCACUGUAAAUGCUGGCACUCAGAACUAAUAAAAGUAUUCUGUAUACCUA